AUGCCCGCGGUGAAUUCUCUCACCGGUGGAGCACAGCGAGCUGUUCAAUGCGGCUCGUGCAACGACGUGCCAUGCCUCGGCGAGUUUGCAUUUACGAGGCGGAGCAGCAGAGGGACAGAAGAGGACGCGGUGCAAUUUGCGCCGUAUGAAUGGAAUGUCCGUGCGCGGCGCAAAUUCGUUACGGCGAACCUGAACGAUGCGACGGCAUGCCGUUCUGCGUUAUUCAGGACUCGUCCGAGCAGCUGCCGGUGUGCCUUUCAGAGGUCGGACUGGCUGCAUGCGGGUGAACCCCCUCUCUGCAUCGCGGCCAUCGCAUCCGCCGUUCGAUUCUACGAAUUUCUACAUGGUCAGGAAACGGUGCAUGCAGCACGCAGAAGGACGCCUCCGGGGAUGAGACGACGACGACGCGCGCGCAAAUACGGUUACGAAGCGAAGCGCACACCCUGGAUACGGAUGCGAGGGGACCGGUGGCCGAUUCCAGACGACGGAGCUGGCGGAAUUGGGGCGGGGACUGGGACGCGGCGCGGUAUAAAAGUCGUGGGUUUGGGCUGCAGAGCUCCAGCUUCUCCCCGGGUUUGCUCACCAGCAGCAUCGUUCCGCCUCCCUUAUCCCUCCACUCGUGGGCUCCUCGGUGCGCGUGCGUGUCGCUCUUCGAUGUCCAAGUCUGCAGAUUGCUACGAGGAGGCUUUAGACGGCGCAGGGCCCAGGUUUCGACGUGAGACGCCAGCGUUAGGCAGAACGCGGCCAGAACGUCACAGAUGA